AUGGUCGAUGCAUCAGCUAAGUUUAAACUAUCGUUCGUGGCAUUCUGUGCUAUUUUGACGGGUGGCGCUAGUUUCGCUGCACUAGUCGUCCUAAUAAUCUUAAAUAUUUUUUUUUACAGGUACCUAGGAAGUGGAAAUACGAUUCAAGAUUUAGAAUUCAAAUUUAAACGGGGGAAAUCUACGAUUGCAUGUAUGAUAUUGAGAGUAUGCGAAGCUAUAUGGAAACAUCUUCUUCGUGACAACAUCCCUGAACUGACAACAGACCGAUUCCAAAAAAUAGCAUCUGAUUUUGAUGUCAGAGCAAAUUUUCCUCAUUGCAUCGGGGCCAUCGACGGAAAGCAUAUACGCAUGUUGGGUGACGAAGCUUUUGGAUUAAGCAAACAUGUUAUGCGUCCUUAUGGUGGUAAAAAUCUCGAUGUAAUACAGAUGGUAUUCAAUUAUCGUCUUAGGGCAAGAAGAUAUGUCGAAUGUGCUUUUGGAAUCAUGGCAAACAAAUGGCGCAUUUUUCACAGACCGAUGAACUAAGUAUCCUAUGAUUUUGCUACUGCCAUUGUAAAAGCAUGUUGUGUCCUACAUAAUUUUGUGGCCGAUCGGGAAGGUGUUCGUCUAAAAGAUAAAUUGGCGAUAAUUUGUGAUGAGUUUCACUCUCUCCAACCCCAAAAUGAAGAAUUGACAGCAGCUAAUGGCAUUAGAAAUGAAUUUGCAAACUAUUUUAUGAGCAGCACAGGAUCUUUGAAGUGGCAAUUAAAGAAAAUUUAGUCAUGUUACUAGUAUGAAGAAAAAUAAGGACUCACCAAUUUUGUUCUUUCGAUCGGGAGCGUAGCUAUCAUAUUCUGGAAAUAAUUUUUUUGUAACAUCUGCCCAUGCCUUCGCUUUUAAAUUAUUGUUUUUAAAAUCCACAUGAAACUUAUCCCACAGUACUUCCCGUUCUUGAACUAAAGAAAUGAGGUAGUCCAUGUCAAUAUUUUCCUCAUCACUGGUACUCAUUUUAAUAGGUACAGGUUACGUGAUCGUACUUAAUCCAGCAUGCGUCCUUCCCUAUGCUUCGCAAACAAACA